AUGGGUGCAGAUCAGGAGCUAAAAGCUAAAUACAAGGAGUGUGGUGUGGUGUAUAUGGCUAAUAGCAAGAAUGGGACUGGAAGCAUGCGACGUCACAUGCAAUCAUGUGUACGUAGAGACACGCGUGACGUGGGCCAACUAUUGAUGUCACAAGACAAAGGGACUUUAGCGUUGAGUGUAAAAAGGUUUGAUGCUGAACACUUUCGUGAAUUGAUAACAAUAGCAAUCAUUUUGCAUGACCUUCCAUUCUCCUUUGUUGAAUAUGAAGCUAUUAGGGCGACUUACCAAUAUUUGCAUCCUGAGAUAACUUUGGUAACUAGAAAUACUUUAAAGGCAGAUGUCCAAAAAAUGUAUUCUCGGGAAAAAGCAAGAAUAAAAUCUAUGUUGGAGUUGAGCCACGGUAGAAUUUGUUUGACAUCUGAUUUGUGGACUUCCAUAGUUACAGAUGGAUAUUUGUCAUUAACUGCCCAUUUUAUUGAUAAAGAUUGGGUAUUGCAAAAGAGGCUUUUGAAUUUUUACUUCAUGCCAUCACCACAUACUGGUAUUGCAUUGUCUGAAAAGCUUUAUGCAUUAUUGUGUGAGUGGAGAAUUGAAUACAAGGUUUUCACUCUUACUUUGAAAAAUGCCUCUGCUAAUUAUGUGUCUGUUGAUCUGUUGAAGAAUCAGUUGAUUGAAAACAAUGCACUUAUUUCUGAUGUGCAAGAGGGGUUGAAAGAUAGUGAUUCAGUAGUUAAAAAGAUUCGUGAGAGUGUGAAAUAUGUAAGAGGGUCCCAAAUUAGAAAGAAGAAGUUUUUAGAGUGUGUAAAGCUUGUGGGUCUUGAUUCUAAGAGAGAAUUGAGUGAUUCUAAUUACAAGGACUGUCCUGAUCCAUAUGAAUGGGAAAAGAAAUCUGAGACAAGUGAAGAUGCAUAUUUUUCUGCUAUGGCAAAAGCAAUGCUUACCAAGUUUGAGAAGUAUUGGAAAGAUUUCAGUUUGAUAUUGGCAAUUGCGAUAGUGCUUGAUCCUCGUUACAAGUUGAAUUUUGUAGAUUAUGCUUAUGGCAAUGUUUAUGGAAUGAAAGGGUCACCUCAAUUUUUAGAAGUUAAGAGAAAUUUGGAGUUGUUGUUUACUGAAUACUCUAAGGGUAAGGAGUUCAACAACUUUGAAAGCCAAGAGCAAACUGUUAUGCAUAAAUCAGAGUUAGAAGUUUAUUUGGAUGAGCCAAGAGUACAAGGGAGUGUUGAGUUGGAUGUUCUUGAAUUUUGGAAAGGAAAUCAGUUUCGCUAUCCGGAGCUUUCUUACAUGGCUCGUGAUAUCCUAAAAAAUAACAAAUUGAUUCGUGAAGCUAUGGAUGAAAUUACUGAAGAUGUUUUUAGUUUGGAUAUCAAUGAGCCCACUACUGGUUCAUCUCAAAAUUCUCACAACCUCAACACCUCAAAUGCAAUGGAAGUUUUCUUCUGUGAAUGGAUGAUGGAAAAAUGUCUCUAUUUAAGCGGUUAUAAUAGUUUUGUCUAUGGAAUAGUUUGUGCAACUACUAAUGCAACUGAAUUCUUGUAG